AUGCUAUUUAUAUACUUGACAGAUUUUUGUAACAAUACCUCUUUCUGGUCAGUAGGCGUGCUAGUCCUGACGCCUGUCAAAUCCUUCCAUCUGAGGACCCCCAUGACUGCGUGCCUGACCCACGACCCACGUCUCCCAGUCCUACCACUAGAUAGCUCAUCGACCACACCGCAUAUAACAGAGUUCACUACCAAUUUCCCAGUUCCAUCCUUUUCAUUCUUCAGCGCCACUUCGCUACUUAUCGGCAAAGACCUUCGCUCCCUCAUAAAGCUAGUAAAAGCGUCCCCGAUCAACGAUCACCUCAGCGCUCCAGGAGCAACCCUGCACGCGCGUAAUUAA